AGAAAGGCUGAUUUCCUCUCGUCGAGCCGUGUGCUGGUGGGACAGAAAUGGCCGCCGAGAAGCCGAGCGAGGUAAAAACAGCCCCGAAUGAGGAGAAUAAAGAGAACCAGACGGACGGAGGGCUCAGUUUGGAGAUUCUCCAGAUUAUAAAAGAUUCCCAGCAGCAGCAUGGGCUCCGACAUGGAGAUUACCAGCGGUACAGAGGAUAUUGCUCCCGGAGGCUGCGUCGCCUGCGGAAAACUUUGGGCUUCAAAAUGGGCAACCGGCACAAAUUUACAGGCAAAAAAGUGACUGUGGAGAUGGUGUCCGACAACAGGUAUCUGUUGCUGGUUGUGAUGGAAGCAGAGCGGGCCUGGAGUUAUGCUAUGCAACUGAAGCAGGAGGCUAACACUGAGCCCAGGAAACGCUUCCACCUGAUGGCGCGCCUGCGUAAAGCAGCCAAACACGGAGAGCAGCUGGAGAGGCUGUGUGAGAGCCCACGUGUUGAUGCCAAGACCAAACUAGAGGCCCAGGCCUACACUGCCUACCUGACUGGAAUGGUCCAGUUUGAACUGCAGGAAUGGAAAGCUGCCAUGGAGGCCUUCAACAAGUGCAAGACCAUCUAUGAGAAGCUGGCGAGCGCGUUCACUGAAGAGCAGGCUAUUCUGUAUCACCAGAGAGUGGAGGAGAUCUCUCCAAAUAUACGCUACUGUGCUUAUAACAUCGGUGACCAGAACGCCAUCAACGAUCUGAUGCAGAUGAGGCUCAGCGCAGGAGGCGGUGGAGGCAUGAUGGCCGAGAAGCUUGAGGCUCUGAUCACUCAGACGAGGGCCAAGCAGGCCGCCACCAUGAGCGAGGUGGAGUGGAGGGGUCGUACUGUACCUGUUAAAAUCGAUAAAGCCCGUAUCUUCUUGCUGGCGCUGGCUGACACCGAGGCUGCUAUUGCACAGGCGGCCAAUGAGGAGACAAAGGAGCGUCUGUAUGAGACCCUGUUGGCUGAGUGCAGAGACACCAUUCAGGCUGUGAGAGAAGAGCUGAGGACUGAUGUGAAGCAGAGAGAGAGAGCAGCAGACGGCGCAGAAAGUGGAAAGGUCUCCAACCUGCAGUACCUGCACAGCUACCUAACCUACAUUAAGCUGUGGACGGUGGUGAGGAGGAAUGAAAGCAUGGCGCAUGCGCUGCAGGCCAAACUGAAGGAGCCACAGACCGAUGAAAACAAAAGAGGCCCCCGACCCCAGGACCUGAUACGGCUGUACGAUAUCAUACUGCAGAGCCUGGCGGAACUGUCAACCUUGCAGGGUUUGGAAGAGGACCACACCUUCCAGAAGGAGGUGGCCCUGAAGACACUGGUCUACAAGGCUUACAGGUGUUUCUUCAUUGCUCAGUCCUAUGUGCUGGUGAAGAAGUGGAGCGAGGCGUUGGUUCUGUAUGAGAGGGUCCUAAAAUACGCCCGUGAGGUCCAAUCCAAGGCCAAAAACCUCAAUAACAGCUUAAAGGACCUUCCGGAUGUCCAGGAGCUUAUCGCCGAGGUCAAUGCGGAGAAAUACUCCCUUCAGGCAGCGGCAAUCUUGGAUAAGGAGGAUGUGGCUGAAGCACCUGUGCAGCAGCAAGUGAAGGACACCACACCUCUCUCCGAACGACUGGACACCUUCCGUCUUGACCCCUCUCUCCUGGGCAAGCAGCCCAAUCUGGUGCAGUUUCCCCCAGACUUCCAGCCGAUCCCCUGCAAGCCUCUGUUCUUCGACCUGGCGCUCAACCACGUGGCCUUCCCGCCCCUGGAUGACAAGGUGGAGCAGAAAGGCAAAGGCGGCCUCACAGGCUACAUCAAGGGCAUUUUUGGCUUCGGCAGCUAAACCGAGGCUUGGGCUUCGCUCGGGCUUCCACGUGCAGAGACCUGGGAGCUUGGAGUCAAAGCUGGAGUUGCUCUCAAAUCUCAUUCCCUGUCCAUCCUUCAUGUUCUUCUGAAAUCAGUCAUUAGUAUCCUUCACUCCAAGUCCUGGAGUGGCAGAAACCUGCAGAGUUUGGUGUUUUAACUCAUUUAACAAGUGAUUCAACUCAUCAGCUAGUAAGAAUUAGCAGUUAGGCUUCGAGUUGAAUAAGAGGAUGAACUCUGAUCUCUGUAGGAAUGUGGCCUUCCAGGGCCUAAGUUUGACACAGAAACACACGAAUACAUCCAUUUGGCCUUUGUCCUGUAGAGGGAAAACCUAAACAUAACACAAAAAGAGAUAUUUAGAGUGUAUUUAAGUGUCCAGCCCUGGGGGACCAUUCUACAAAGCCUAAAUUCUUAUACACCCAGUUCAAAUAAUGGGCUAAUAAUUAAAGCUUUCAUGUGUUAGAUGAAGGAAAACUAAUCUCUGUAGGCAUGUAGGCCCAACAGUUUUGGGGUUUCCCUCGUUCACUAAGAAUUGGUUCAACUCAUAAUCCACAGAUAAAAGCCCUUCAAGUGGUAGCAGGUGUGUUGGUGCAGGAAUACUUUUAGCCGGUGUCCAGUUUUGAUCCUGAGAAGCUGGCAUACAGCACAGUUUGGCACCUGUACGCUCCAACGCACCAACUGAACAUGCUAUCUAAGCUGAGUUGAAUCACGUAUUUUAACAGGAAGAUCACCAAAAUGUGCUGGUCUGUGGCCCUAAUUUUCCUCAUUCUCCAAGAACCAACUGCUCAUUGGAUGAUUAUUAAGCCCUUCAUAAGCUGUACCAGAAAACAGAAAGCUGUAGAGUGUUGUGAUCGUCCAGAACUGGAAGACAAAACACUAUAUAGCAGUUCCGGUCCUGGAUUCCAGUAAGGAUGACUUGGGGUUGUUUGAUAUGGAAGAAAUACAGCAUCAUGAUAUUUGAAGACAUUUUCACAACACACAGUAUGCAUCACUGUGUUUAGUUUUUUCUGAGCUUUGAAAAGACAAAAAACUACCACCGUGAAAAAUACUGUGAAUACAAUCAUUUUCAUUAACGGUCUCACCAACUCUUUAAAUCCAAUUAAACGGGCCUAAUUCUCUCCAAGUACUAAUGGUAUGUGUGGUAUGCUCAGAAAAUGCUCAAAAUUUGUCACAAUAUGUUAAAAUAUUGUCAUACUGUCCACUCCUAGGUAGUAUGAAGGUGGCCAAUCAGCUGCAUCAGCAGCUCAGUUCUGUAUCCUCCAGUGAUUACAAAAUCCAGGGCUGGAUUCAAGGUCCAGAUGUGACUAAUGUGCAUCUAUGUGAUAGCCAGUUCAAAUUCACAUCAUGUAUCUUGAUUAGGGGGUCCAACGUUUGUCCUGAAGGGCCAACAUUUGGUUCUCUUCCUGCACAAACUGGUAAUUCACUGAUGAGUUGAAUUGGUUGUGCUUGAGUAUCACCAAACUGCACCGGUUAUUUAUGUAGUUAUUUCGUUUUGGCAUGAAGGGUGUAGGGCACAAGGGUUUGAGGGCAAUUUUGGACCACAGGUUGGACCAUUCUUAGCUCCAGUGCUCUCGUCUGGUGUCCUAGUCUGACAGCCCUCCUUACUGUUUCCGCAUUCAGUGGCGACUUUACUGAUUUAGUAUUUCUUCAAUUUUGUUCAAUUUUAACCUCUUGGUGCAAAAUGUUAGCAUAAGUAAGCCAGUGUUGUACAAUUAAACUGACAAAAAAACAGACUCUACACAGGUAUGUUAAGACUGGAAGUAGUGAUUAGAUUUUUCCGGCUCUGGAACGCCUGAAAUUGCGUCUUGUCAAUCAUCCAGGAUAAAAUGGGACAAACUCAAGAUGAGUGAAACAGAGUUCACGACCAUGCCACUAUGAGGAGCAUCAAGUUCUCCUUAAGAACCAAAUCGGUGGUGGAUUAUAAUCUCUAACGUGCAUUUUGUACCAUGAACUCCAGUCUUUUCGGUUUGCACGAUUAUAUAUAAACGUGCACCACGUAAAUGAACUUCAGUAGAUAAACACAGAUGGAGAAUCUUGUGCUAAGCUAGUCUGAAAACCACUUGUCAGAAUUGUUACGCAAUGAGCCACUCGUCUCUGUCCUGUUGUUGAAAACCUACAGAGGGAAUUUUACAUGUUUGUCAGCACAGCCGCCAAGGGUUCCAUCUUUAGAGCAUAGACGUUUUCCAGUAGACAGGUGCUGCUGUUCUUCAUGGUGACUAGAACCAAAGUCAAUCUCUCCUCUCUUGCAUUAUAGCACCUCAUGGCUGGUCAUAUACUGAGUGUCUGUCUUCUGUACCCAUUUAAAACACACCUUUUUAUUAUCUUUGUCGCGUACCUGCCACACCCUGGCUAAUUUACUGAUAUUUUGUUUCUGGUUCUUUUGAUCAUUUUAAUUCUUUUCUUUUUCUUUCUAAAAUGUCUUGUAAGAACGUAAUGGUGGUGAGUGUUAGGAAGAGGUUGAAUUGAAGGCUGGAAACAUUUUCUGUUGUGACCACCAUUAAAACUGAAAAAUGGAACAGUUUAAUGAAAUGAUGAAUAAAUGUGGGAAUGAAA